AUGACCGUCAUGGUGCUGGGUGAGUUUCCCCCUCCUCUUGUGUCUCUGACAUCACUCCCCCUCCCCUCCGGCAACGGAAGUUCAUUGCCUCAAUUCAACCUCAACUUGCCCCCUCUCAACAUUGCGAUUUUGGAGAUUAUCCUUCACCUUAUCAGUCCCUUCCUUGGACGUUUUUUUUUUCAGCAGACUUUCUCUGCUCAGAGAGCUUUCCCGCUCAACCCCAUUGUCGCGAAUGCAAAUUCUUUUGGUCAAUUAAACGAAAUACUGACAAUGGAUUUUGCAUUCAGCACCGUCGAACUUAAAGAUGAUACCAUCAUCGUGGUACUAGGCGCAUCUGGUGAUCUGGCGAAGAAGAAGACCUUCCCUGCACUCUUUGGCCUUUUCCGCAACAAAUUCCUCCCCAAGGACAUUAAGAUCGUCGGAUAUGCACGGACAAAGAUGGACACCGAAGAAUACCUCAAGCGCGUUCGCUCGUACAUCAAGAUUCCCACAAAGGAGAUCGAAGAUCAAUUAGAUCAGUUCUGCAAGAUGUGCACCUACGUUUCCGGCCAAUACGAUCAAGAUGAUUCGUUCAUCGGCUUGAACAAGCACCUCGAGGAGAUUGAGGACAAGCGCCAAUCGAAGGAGCAGAACCGCGUGUUCUACAUGGCAUUGCCUCCCAGUGUCUUCAUUACCGUAUCCGAGCAGUUGAAGCGCAACUGCUACCCCAGGAGUGGUCUCGCUCGUAUUAUUGUCGAGAAACCCUUCGGUAAGGACCUACAGAGCUCGCGCGAUCUCCAGAAGGCUUUGGAGCCUAACUGGAAGGAGGAUGAGAUCUUCCGUAUUGAUCACUACCUCGGUAAGGAGAUGGUCAAGAACAUCCUAAUUCUCCGAUUCGGCAACGAGUUCUUCAACGCCACAUGGAACCGUCACCACAUCGAUAACGUUCAGAUUACAUUCAAGGAGCCUUUCGGCACUGAGGGCCGUGGAGGUUACUUCGAUGAGUUCGGUAUUAUCCGUGACGUUAUGCAGAACCACCUUCUGCAGGUUCUCACAUUGCUUGCCAUGGAGCGCCCCAUUUCUUUCUCUUCCGAGGAUAUCCGUGACGAGAAGGUCCGUGUUCUCCGCGCUAUGGAUCCUAUUGAGCCCAAGAACGUCAUCAUCGGCCAGUACGGCCGCUCCCUCGACGGCAGCAAGCCCGGUUACCUGGAGGACGAUACCGUGCCCAAGGAGUCGCGUUGCCCGACUUUCUGCGCGAUGGUUGCAUACAUUAAGAACGAGCGUUGGGACGGUGUUCCCUUCAUUCUCAAGGCCGGAAAGGCCCUGAACGAGCAGAAGACUGAGGUUCGCAUCCAGUUCAAGGAUGUUACUUCCGGUAUCUUCAAGGACAUUCCCCGUAACGAGCUUGUCAUCCGUGUUCAGCCCAACGAGUCCGUCUACAUCAAGAUGAACUCCAAGCUGCCCGGUCUCUCCAUGCAGACGGUGGUUACCGAGCUGGACUUGACCUACCGCCGCCGCUUCUCCGACCUCAAGAUCCCCGAGGCCUACGAAUCUUUGAUUUUGGAUGCCUUCAAGGGCGACCACUCCAACUUUGUCCGUGACGAUGAGUUGGAUGCCAGCUGGCGCAUGUUCAGUCCCCUUCUGCACUACUUGGAUGACAACAAGGAGAUCAUUCCUAUGGAGUACCCCUACGGCUCCCGUGGACCUGCUGUCCUGGAUGACUUCACUGCUUCAUACGGCUACAAGUUCAGCGAUGCCGCUGGCUACCAGUGGCCGGUCACUACCUCGGCCCCCAACCGGCUGUUCACAUGGGGUACUGAGAUGACUUAUUGUACACCUUACCUUCUUCAGCUUGGUUUGACGAAGUCUAAGACUUCGUUGGUGUGGAUUGCUGGCCCGUUGUCUGGGUUGAUUAUCCAGCCUCUUAUUGGGGUUAUCGCUGAUCGAUCACGGUCGAAAUGGGGUCGGCGUAGACCUUUCAUGAUCUUUGGGUCUUUUGUUGUUGCUUUCUGUCUGCUCGUCUUAGGGUGGACGACAGAGAUCGUUGGUUUGUUUGUUAAAGAUCCGGAAAAGGCUAAAAAUGGCACAAUUGCGCUGGCUGUGUUGAGUAUCUAUGCAGUGGAUUUCUCGAUCAACGUUGUUCAAGCGUGCUGUCGCGGUCUGAUUGUGGAUACACUACCAAUUCCAUCACAACAAGCUGGAUCCGCUUGGGCCGGGAGAAUGUCUGCCAUCGGUCAACUCUUUGCUUAUGUGGUUGGUGCCAUAGAUACUGUUGGUAUCUUUGGUACUAUCAUUGGAGAUACGCAGUUCAAGCAGAUGACAGUGAUUGCUGCUUUUUCAUUGGUGGUAGCAGUGGCUAUCACCUCAUACUCGGUAAAAGAGCGAGUUCUGAUAUCGGCAAGAGAUGACGGAAGUGCUGGUGCUAUCCAGGUCCUCUCUCAGCUCUUCAAAACUACUUUCGAGCUGCCGCCUCGGAUUCAGGCAAUUUGCUGGGCCCAAUUCUGGGCUUGGAUUGGCUGGUUCCCUUUCCUCUUCUACAGUACAACCUGGGUUGGCGAGACGUACUUCCGAUAUGAAGUACCAAAAGACGAUAUGGACAAAGCAACAGAUAUGCUUGGUGAAGUCGGCCGCGUGGGCAGUCUUUCAUUGACAGUCUUCUCUGCUAUCACAUUCCUUAGCUCCGUCCUCCUACCAUUCUGCAUCCUACCACCUGACACCAAGCGAACACGCUUCACCGCACGACCCCCACCAGGGUUUGCAGCAAUUCUCAAAUACCUCACCGCAAUCCGACCCGACCUGCAAACCGCCUGGCUCAUCUCCCAGAUCAUGUUCGCCGCCACUAUGAUCUUCGCCCCUCUAGCACAGUCCCGCGCCUUCGCAACCUUCCUCGUAGCGGUCUGCGGUAUCCCCUGGGCAAUCAGUGGCUGGGCUCCAUUCGCCUUCAUGGGCGUGGAAAUCAACAAACUAACAAUGGGCGGUGGCUAUUCCCCCGCCAUACCAUCCUCACGAUCCGGCGUGACGAUGAUCACCUCAGCCAGCCUACGCAACUCCGCCGCUGACACCGAACUGGAUGUCCUCCGACUGAACCACCGCGAUUCCUUCGACAGCGACACCGACGAGGAAGAACACUCAUCCAAUAUCCCGUCAACAGGUGAACUGGCAGGAAUCUACCUAGGCGUGCUGAAUGUGUACACGACCCUUCCCCAAUUCGUCGGCACCUUCAUUAGCUGGAUUGUCUUCAGCAUCCUCGAACCGGGCGCAGCACCCGCACCUGAUAACGCAGAAAACACUACUGAUACGCAUUGGAUGAACCUGGACAAGGAUCGGUUUAAUGCUAUCUCCAUUUGUCUCUUCAUCGGGGCAAUAAGCGCUCUCAUCGCGGCUGAGGCUACCCGCCGAUUGCGGUAUGUACUAUGA